AUGUCUCAACCUAGAGAAGAACCCGUGGCCGGUCCCACUGAAGCCGGUCCCUCGAAUGAACCCUCACGACCUGUGACCCGUGGAUCACGACCCCAGCUAGUCUUCUACGACAAGAAGGACGAGAACAAGGUCUACAAGAUCCACAGCGCGAAAGACCUCGCGAUCUGGGUGAAGGAUGACCCCAAGUUCGCAUAUAACGCUAUCCUUGAGAAGCUUAAAUUCUGGACCAGAGAUCGCAAGAAAUACCAGAAGGAGAUGGCUACUGACCGAGAGGAACUGACCAGGGCCCAAGACGAGACUAAUCUGGCUCUAGAAGACCUAGAACGAGCCCGCAAGGACCUUGAGGAGCAAGAUGAAGAAGCCGGAGAGCGAAUCCGAGCUGCCGAUAAGAAGGCUGAACAUCUUCAAGAGACUCUCAAUGACCUCCGAGCCGACGAGGUUCGACUGAUUACUAAAUUGACCGCGUCUGAGAAAGCAGUCGCUAAAAAUGAACGCGUUAUCCGACGCCUCCGAGCAGAACGUGAUAAACUGGCAGCUAACCUAGUCGAAGCUAACCGAGCCCGUACUCGUACAUCGACUGCUGCUGCAGAUGUCCCACUCCCUACGAUCGAGGGAAACCAGAAGCGAUCACCUAAGAUGCCGGAUCCCCUAAUGCUCUCGGAUGGCAAGGAAAAUGCAGACUGGUUCCCAACCGCACAUUAUCGGAUUCACUACGUCUCGACUCGAUGUGAAGGACGUGCCUUGAAGCACAUCGGACCCCGUCUACACCGAACGUCGACUAAUCGAUACACUAAUGCAGAGGAUAUGCUGGAGCAUCUGGCAGAGAUCUUUGAGGACCCGAAUCGCAAGGAGAACGCACGACAAGAGUACGAACAACUGAAGCAGAAACCGAAAGAGGAGUUCGCAGACUUCAUCGCAGAAUACUCUCGUCUCGCAGAGGAAGCUGAGAUCCCUGUUGAAGACCGCAAGCGAGGACUCUAUCGCAAGCUUGUCUGGCGACUCCAAGACCGCGUGACCCAAUACAUGAUCGAUCCGAGUCUCACCCUCCAAGACUUUGUACGCCGAUGCCAGGACACUGCGACUCAGUUGAACAUUAAUUUCAAAGAUAACCCCCCACCUGCGAGAGGUGGCAGUGGCCGAGGAGGAACAGACAAGAACAAGACGACUGGAACCGGCUCUCCCUCAACCUCCCCUCGUCCUCAGAUAGAUCCUGCAGAGCGUGCAGUCCUUCUCAAGAAUGGCCAAUGCUUCUACUGUCGAGGAAAAGGCUAUAUGGCUAAGGACUGCCCGGAAAAGAAGACCCUCGCCGUUGCUGCUACUGGAAAUAUGUCUGCUGCUGCUGUAGCUGCUUCACCUGAUCCCCGUCUUGUCGACAUAGAAAGCGAACAGCCGGCAAAAGAGUAG